GAGCUCACCUGUUCAAUUUGUUGAAUUUCAAUAUCAUUAUCAUUAUUAUCAAUACCUGUCGAAGUGUCAAGCUGUCGACAGAUGUAAAGUUCUGUGAUAUUUUCUCGCAAUGAAUAAUUUGUCUUUUUAUUUUAAUUUCAAUUUUAUUCCCAGUUUUUAAUGAUGUCUGUUCUCAGUGAUUUUGAAAAGGUUCCUCAAUUUGGGUGGAAAGUUAAUCUUGAUCAUACGUACGAAGAACACAAAUCUCCUUUCUGUCUGCCCAGAAUCAAACAGAUCAUCUAUCUUCUUCCUCUGUUGGUUCGUUAUUUUAUUUAUAACGUAUCAUGUAUCAUUUGUGGAAGAGUUCCUGUGAUGGAUUUCUUGCGUCUCAGAAAAGCCCAACAAAAGUAUGGAGUACCCUUUGGUGGCAUUGGUGGAGGGUCGAUUGGCCGAGGAUUCCGGGGUGAAUUUUGCCGUUUUCAAAUGAUACCCGGGCUGUAUGACUAUGACACCGCUGAAGCCAAUCAGUUCAUUUUGACCAUUAGAGAUGAGGACAAGAAGACAGUUUUCCAGCAAGUUUUAUCUGCUGCUGUGGAACCCAGAAAGAGUGGUGCAUUGUCAAGCUGGGACUGGAAUUUUCCCGGUAAAAACGCAAGUUAUACUGGUUUGUUCCCUCGCUCUUGGACCGAGUACAAUAUACCGGAGCACAAUCUUAGAUUAAUUUGUCGCCAAGUUUCUCCUGUUAUUCCACACAACUACAAGGAUAGCUGUUUGCCAGGAGGAGUUUUUCUUUGGACGUGUGAAAAUAAUAGCGAUACCUUGAAAAACGUAACAAUUACCUUUACUUUUAGCAGUGGCUGUGGAAACAACAAACAUGUUUCAGAUUCAUGCGAAACAGACUCUUUCUCUUCCAAGGGGAAUCUCGCUCAAGUAUCAGGUGCUACAAUUAAACAGAAGCUUAACAAUAUGAAUUGUUCCUAUUCUAUAGCUGCUCUCAAAAAUGUUGAGCAGAAUAUUACUGUCACUACAUAUUUUGAUCCAGCUGGAAGUGGUGAAACUCUCUGGGAAACUUUAAAAUGUGAUGGAAAUUUGAGCGCCUUGAACCAAACCAGUCAUAUUGGAAAAAAUGUUGGUGUAGCUGUUGCCUGUGAAUGCCAAAUUAGUCCAGGAGGUGCUAGCAACGCACAAUUUGCUCUCACUUGGGACAUGCCUGUGAUAAAAUUCCUUGAAAGUCCCAAAACUUUUACAAGGUACUACACAAAAUAUUUUGGUUCAGAAGGUAGUAACAGCCCCAGUAUGUGUGAAUAUGCUCUAGAAAAUUACACAAAGUGGGAAAAAGAAAUUUUUCAAUGGCAGCAACCAACUCUUAAUUCUACAACUUUACCCAGUUGGUACAAGAGUGCUAUUUUCAAUGAACUGUACUAUGUUGCUGAUGGCGGUACGCAAUGGCUUCUCAUGGAUGAUGUAGAUGAACUUCCAUCUACUGAUAUACGGAUAGAGUACGGAAGGUUUGGCUACCUCGAGGGACACGAGUACAUGAUGUAUAACACGUACGAUGUUCAUUUUUAUGCAUCUUGGGCUUUGAUCCAGUUGUGGCCUCGUUUACAAGAAAGUAUUCAGUAUGAGUUUCGAUCGACAAUUGAUUAUCAAUCGCUGGAUACAAGGAAGAACUUAUACAAUGGAAAACCCAUGUAUAGAAAAGUGAAGCACACCAUACCUCAUGAUCUCGGCGCUCCAGGAGAAAAUCCCUGGCUAGAAAUAAACGCUUAUCCUGUCCACGAUGUGUGUGAGUGGCGUGAUCUCAAUUUGAAGUUUGUUCUUCAGUGCUACAGAGAUUAUUCGUUGACCAAAAAUAUCAAGUAUCUAGGAGACAUGUGGCCUCAGUUGAAUUCAGUCAUGGAAUAUUCGCUUAAGUGGGAUUCCGAUAACGAUGGAAUGAUUGAAAAUGGAGGUUUCCCAGAUCAGACGUAUGAUGCAUGGACAAUGACAGGUGUCAGUGCUUACUGUGGAAGUCUAUAUUUUGCUUCCUGCUUUGCCAUGAGCAAAAUGGGAGAGGCACUUGGUGACGCUGAAGCAUCGGCUCUGUACCACACAAGGUUCUCAACUGCAACUGAAGUAUUUGUAAAAAAACUAUGGAAUGGCCAGUAUUACAAUUUUGAUUGCUCUAGUGGACCAGGGCACCAGUCAGUUAUGGCAGAUCAGCUGUGCGGCCUAUGGUAUUUGCGAGCUUCUGGGGUCAAAGAUGAAAUUCUUCCCAACGAUCAAGUCAAGAGUGCUUUGCAAACCAUUUUCAAUCUGAAUGUCAAAUGUUUUCAAAACGGCACGAUGGGUGCUGUGAACGGAAUGCUUCCCGAUGGCAGUAUUGAUGUCUCUGCAAUUCAGAGCGAGGAAAUGUGGACGGGUGUCUCAUACGGUCUUGCCGCAUUUUUCAUUCAUGAGAAUAUGGAAUCGGAGGGAUUCACUACAGGUGCUGGAGUUUACAAAACGACCUAUUACACAACUGGACUAGCUUUUGAAACCCCAGAAGCUUUCUAUGAAAACAAGAAGUAUCGCUCAAUCGGCUACAUGCGACCACUCUCUAUUUGGGCGAUAAAUCGUGCAUUGACUCCGUCUUGAUUAAAAGAGUCAUCGAAUCUCAAGAAAAAUUAUUCCUACGAACUUUUGUAAGCUCUUCACUUCUUAAAGUUCUGUUUGUUCCCCUCAGGUAUGGCAUAUGCUAAAUCACUUUCUUUAGUUGUAAUUGAUAUAUCACCAAAUUGUUCUGUCCGUUUGAUGAUUUGUCACUACAAAGUAAUUUUUUCGAACAAUCUAGAAGUUAGGGUACAUGUUACUAGUCAGAACACAGAAUGCUGUAUUUAAAUAAUGAAGACUAAACACUUUUCUCUCGUCAAAAACUGUUGACUCCAUUUAUGGCGCUUUGAGCCCCUGCUUCAGUGUUUUGAGCCCACUCAAUUGAAGAAAUGUAUCAUAUUUCCAUGUUAAAAAGACUUAUAAUGAAAGAACCAUAUUGUCACUUAGAAUUUUAAGCAAUACACUCUGCUCAGCACUGCGGAGAAUAUUGGCUUCCUUUUAGCACAUGCAAGACUUUUCAAUUGCGGUCAUCAUUUCUGCUAUUUUUAUUGCAACAUUCCAGAAUCAAGGUAUCCAAAUACAUACCUUUUUUUUUCAAUUUCGAAACAGACUUAGCAAUUUAUAUCUUCUCAAAGUUUUAAUGUGAAUUUCAAUUGAAAGACAUAAAAGAAGACUUUUUAUUUUGAACUUUAGAGCUUUUAAUUUCUGUACAUUUAAAAUAAUACCGAGACUUCAUUGCAAUUUUGGUUUGUUCAUCAUAGUUCCAAUACUUUCUUUGCAAGUUCCUAGAUUUCUUUCAAGUAUCAAAAACUGUUAAGGCUGAUUUUUUCAAGAAUAAGGAUUCCGUUUUUGAGCUGAUUCUUGCUGAAUAUCCUUUUAAUGUCUACUUAAUCAAGCUAUAAAUACUUGGUGAGCAAGAUUCUAAAGUCAGCAAAAAAGUAAACAGAUAAUCUUAGUCCUUAUACUCUGUGUGUUUCUCAGGCGCUUUUGAUACCUAGGCUGGAAGGUGCCGAGUUGAGAAAUUACGGAUAAGUCUAGCAUGCCAUAAAGGAAACUAAAUCGUGGACAGUCUGAAUUUACAUGAUUUCAAGCUGAAUUUGGAGGUAAUGUUGAGAGUAAUAGAACUUGUAGUUGACUGGGGCUAACAAAAUCCGAACUCAAGACUCUUCCUCUAUAAAUUACGCACAAUGUAAAGAGAGGGUCAGUUUGAACCUGACAGUCAGAAUAGUUUUUUAUUUUUAUUUUGUUAUUGCCUUGUAAGUAUUGUUGGAAUGAAUGUUACCAUCAUAAAAGUGAAUGUACAACCAUGUUACUUUCAUCAGUGCUUUUGUUAAUUUGCAAUAUAAUGCCGCCCUUCUUUUUACCUGAGCAGAUGACUCGCAUUGCCCCUUUACUAGGUCUAGGUCUAGGCAGAGAACGAUGAAUUUUUUAUGCUAUGCUUCUUGAGUUCUUUAGACAAUUUCUAUUGCCCCAGUCUAUUCCAGGAAUAAUUUCCAAGCAAAGGAACUGUUUUGUCAUUUCCUUACUUCCAAAUAAAAAGUGAGUAGUCUGUUGAAUUCGCCCACUAGUCCGUUGAAUUACAUAUCAGUAGCCUGAUACAGGAAGACCCUAACUCCAUUCCAGCCACUUCCAGUUGUCAAGGUAUAACUUCGUAUCAGCUUCAAUGAUUCUAACAAAAACCACAAUUUUUAGAACUUCACAUCUCAGAACUGGCGAUAGUUCGGAUAUUAUUUUUGUGGACAUGGAAAGAAUGGACAUUUAAGAAUUCUGACACACCAAUGGCUUAGUAUGUACUCCCAAAAAUGUGACGUAGGUGCCCUUUUUAUUCUGGAAUACUUAUAUGUUCUUUCACUGCAGUAAUUUGGUUAAUAGGUAUAGAUGAACUUUUGUACAAAACUGUUGAGGGAUAGUAAGACUUGUAUACUAUUAUGUAAAUAACAUUUUUUGAAUAAUGGUUUAAUUUAUGUACUUUUCUGGUGUUUUCUGUGAUUAUGUGUAAGGCCUUGUCUCCCCAGGACCGUUUCAUGAGAUUCGCCGCAGGGUCGAUUUGCAAGAAAGAACCUUCGGCGAUUUUCUGCAGUUACCGUCUCUGCCGGGCAGAGCUCUCAUAUUUGCUUUCAACAAGUUUGUGUGAGAAAAUAAAUUAGUAAAAAUCGAAUAACUAAAGUAAUAAUUGUAGACAACGAACAAUUUAACAAAUUAUUUAAAUGAAAUGAACAAGAACAAUCGAGUGAACAACAAAAUAUCAUACAAUUUGCUUUCACUUCUUUUUUCUCUCUUACUUGGUCUUGGAGGUCUACAAGGACCCCACUUAGUAUUACAAUUAAUUUUGAGUUAGUCAAUGUAAAUGAAACUUCGUAAGUGCAACUUUUCACUGCAACAAAUCGGGAAACGUCUCAAGGAGACAAGGCCUAAGUAUUCCUUCAAUCGAAAUUUUAAAUUAAUUUCAUUAUUAAUUUUUCUGAAUUUAGUUAUGGAAAAUGGUGAAAAAUAAAUAAGCAUGCACUCAUUGAUAAAAUGAUAAUAAAUUUGAUUUAUGCUUGAAUUAUUGCCCUGAAAAGAUAGGGUUCAAGUGCCUCAAAAAUGUCAAACCAUUCUAAGCCUCAAAAAUGUUAUUUUAUAUCUAAUUAGACAGAAACCUCCCUUUUCUGGAAACUUCUUGUAGCCUGUAACACACAUACGUAGAGGAGAAUAAAGGUGCUGAAAUGAAAUAUAA